AUGGAUUUCCCAAAUAGGGUCACUGAAUUGUUACCAGACUGUAUGCAGGAAGUAAGUGUAUGGACGUAAAGUCCUACGCAAGGAUGGCUAAUGAAACACCAUGGCAAAGCGGGAAAACACUCUCCGAGUGCAUUACUCACAUGCUUCGAACUGAAGUAGCCACAGACGUUACCUUUGUUGUAGAAGACAGCAAAGUAAAAGCCCACAAAUUCAUCCUUAUCAGCAGGAGUCCUACAUUUGAGGCCAUGUUCUGUGGUCCAAUGUCUGAACAAGAGAACCAGAUGUCCGGACAGAAGGAUAUCCCUAUGACUGAUGUAUCAAAGGAAACUUUUAAUGCAUUUUUGAGAUAUAUGUACACAGACACCAUUGAUAUCAAUAUCGAUAAUGUAGCCGACAUCCUUAGAGUUGCUGACAAAUACUUGGUGGACAUAUUGAAACAGAAAUGCUAUGAUUUUAUCGAAGAACAUCUAGCUCCAGAUAACGUUUGUUAUAUGAGGGAGCGGUGCCAUAGCUUUCCUAACGACAAACUGUUAGCAGAUUGUCAACGUGUCGAAGAAGAAUCUGCUUCUGAUGUGCUUAAAUCAGCGGGGUUCGCAUAUCUCUGCAAGGGUUGUGUUCAUGAGCUGAUUGCAUCUGAUUACCUCGCCGUAGAUGAAGAAGUUGUUUACGAGGCGGUGACGCGGUGGGCUGAAGCGGAAUGCGGUCGACAAAAAGUGGCGGUGACGGACGAAAACAGACGGAUGUGUUUGGGUGACCUCAUUUACCAUGUCAGAUUUCCAGUCAUGAAUGCUGAAUACUUUUGUAGUCAUGUUUUCCAACAGUCGGUUCUGAGCAACGACGAACUGGUAGAAAUACACAGAUACAUCCACAGCCAGGGACAAUUAAACCCGAGUCAAGUAACUGUGGUGCAUCAAGACGGUGGGGUAUCUGGAAGUCACUCACAUAUCACACACAAGGAAUGCUGUAGUCACUCACAUAUCACACACAAGGAAUGCUGUUGUUCGAUACAAUCAAACCAUGACAAAUCCUCCAAGAAGUGUGAUCAUAUGGAUGAAAUAAAUCAGAGUAAUUUAAAACAGGGAAUAGAUGCCGAAGAACAUCAUCAAAGUGGUCGCAUAUGUGGCUUUGGAUGCAAUUAUCGUGUGGGCUAUAGAAAGGGUAGAUAUACCCUUGCAACUCGUCAGAAAUCAACAAAUUGCGUCAUAGGAACUAAGAUCAUCGUAGUAAGUGAACAUUUCCAAACUACAUCUCGUGUAUAUCUUCACGGAAUCACAACUCCGUUCAGAGCGGACCAGAUCAUUGUUAGUGUAAAUGGUGAAGUUGUCCGCUCUGAGGUUGCUGGUGAUAAUCCAACUAAAGUCCUGUUUAGGAAAGUCAUCCCAAUUAAUCCAUGUGAAAACAAUGUUAUAAAGGUUGAUGUGAACAACGAGGUAAACGUGAUAAUGCCUACGUUUACUAAGGUUUUAAAAUUUGAUAACGUCAAUAUUAACUUCAGUGACGACUGCAACGGGUAUGUGUCUGGGUUAUUACUGUCAAAAUAAAAGAUUAAGUAACCACUAGAAAUACGGAGUAAGGUAACCUAUAGUCCGGAAGAUUGGUUCAUAAUAGUGUUUUUUUUAGUAAAAGCAUGCAACUUGGCAUGAAUUUAGGAAAUGGUGUACUGAUAAAUUUUGGAUAUUGGGCCAAGUAGAGUUUUUUCCAAGAUGAUCGCCAUUUUUGAUAUUUUAGUAAUAUAUAUUGUAUAACAUCGUUAUUGUAAAUGAUAUAUGUUUAAAAGUUAAAUCUACAUCAGACAAUAGGUUGACUAUUUUCCCAUGAUGUUGUACAUUAUUGAUGCCAUGUUUUUUAAAUGGCGGCUCUUUUCUUUAUUGUCAUUGUUACUAUGUCUAAUUUGCCGAACCCAGUGACAAGAGGAAGUGCACAUAAAACCAUUUCCUUAUAAAUAUUAGGUUUGGCUUCAACAUAUGAACCUUAACUGUUGUCCUAGCAUGUGUGGGUCAAGCUACAAUACUCAAAAAUAUGAGUCUGAAACACAGCAUUGAAUAGUCAUAGACACAUAUACAUAUAUUGUAUACUUUACGUAGAAAGUGUCCUCUUGUUAUUCAAAUUUUGGCGAAAUCUUUUUAACAGAUAUCCAUAUUUCAGUACUGAUAUAUUAUUUCACGGGUAGGAGUUAUUUAUAUAUAUAUGCAAACUGAAACUUUCAACUGCUUCCGCUGAUCAUGAAAAUGUCAAUGAAAAUGUGUACACUUUGAAUGAGUGAAUGAAUGAAUGGAUAUUCACAACUUUGAAUCAUAAUAUCACUUUUGUUUUGCUCUUUAAAUGACACAGCAUAUGGUAGCAGGUUAUGCGAGAAACGUAAUACGAUCACAUUUCCCGAUUGUCAUCUUACAUUUCAAGCCUCGGGCUUAAAAUCUUCGAUUAAAUUUUAUCCUUGGAAACAGUAUUUGUUGCUGUAAUUAAAAGUCUUCAGAAAAAUGCAUCACUUUUACUCUAUUAUGAUUCGAAAUUGUAAAUCGUGAGGAAACCUCUUUACGAGUAAGAAGAAAAUAGACUUAGAGCUCGAGACUAGAAACAAGAGCUAGAUAUCAAAUACAGAAUAAGUAACACGGUAGGCUAAAUAGGCUCCCUUACAAAUCAGUUUCUUAAUUCAUAAUACGGCAAUGUGUAACAAUAUUAAUUUAAGUGUUUAUGUAGACAACAACAUAAUCAGUGAAAAGAAGAAUAGCAUGCAUGCAGUUUCAUUAAAAUUUGUCUGAUUGAUUGAUAAACAUUUUGAUACACAUUUGAAUAAGUUAUAUAAUCAAGUUGUCUUACGUAUUCAUUUAUCCAUUUGCAGAGUCAAACCAACAUAACACUAGAGACGCAAAUAGAUUUAGACCUGUACGUUGUAGAACAAACUUAUAUCAAAAAUCCUUCCUAUCUGCUUCUGUCAAUCUAUGGAAUGAACUCCCUGAAGACAACGGAAUGACGCAUCCAUAAAAAAAAUAAAGCUACAUCUUAACAGAAACUUACUACAAAAAGAAUCAUAUUACUUCUGUGGUACUAGAAUAGGCCAAAUAUACCAUGCCAGGCUCAGAAUGAAAUGGUUCACUAAACGGCCAUCUUUUUCAUAAAAAUUUAGUAGGGAGUCCACUCUGUUCCAGCCGCGAGGCAAACGAAACAAACGAUCAUUAUCUAUUAUUUUGUCGUAACUAUGAACACAUUAGACAAAUAUGUUUCUAGCCAAUACAAAAUCAUACCUCAGUAGAAACCUUCCUGUUUGGUGACAACAAUCUUUCACCUGCCCAAAAUCGAAAUAUAUUUAACUGUGUACAACAUUUUAUUACUAAAUCAAAACGUUUAUUAACUAUUUAAUUCAUACAUCCAAUGCUAUUCUUUCUUCUCUUCCUAUUUCUUCUUCUCUUUCUUCUACUCCAAGUCUCUGUUAUCAAUUAUUAUUUCUGCUAAGGAAACAGAUUGAUAUAAGUUUAA